AUGCUUCACAACCUCAAAUUUCGACUCUCGGGCAUAUUGCACGUAUUUGGGCCUAGUGCUUUCGCCAUUAGCAUCAUUUUGAACAUCUUCACCAUACUGCGCUUGCAACAUCAGUCUGUCGAUGAUAAACAGUACUCUUAUAUCGGUAAUGAUCAUCCGAUCGAAUUACCCCUCGACUUGGAGAUCGUCGCAUUGACGUUUGAAGACUCGAAGUAUUACAGUACUUCGGGGCUCACGGCCUGGUCGGAGUGGAAUCUGCUCGAUCACUUUCAACAAGGCCACGGAUUCGUGCGUCUGGGAGCAAAUGCUUCUUGUCUACAAAAGAUUCGAUUAGCCCUUAUUAAUGGCCCAAUGAUCAUAGUGGCCACUGCCUCAACUUCUUGCGACAGGCCAUUCUUUGCAAUUCUGAUACUACCCUCGAGCCAGGUCUACACCAAUGGAUCGGUGUCAGGCUCAGACGGCUUGGGUGUCACGCACAUAUGCCGAGAUUGGUCGCAGGUUUAUGCGUACAUUGAGGAGAAUCAGAGGAGCCCUGUGUGGGCAGAGCACAAGACAGAGAUGUAAUCAUAAUGCGAAGUCAAGUGGGAGGAUCUGAUUUCGCACUAACGCUGGAUGAGAUCAG